AGAGAAGGUAGCUGUUAAUGUCGGCGUAGACUGAAGCUCACUAAUACCCAUAACUCCUCUGGUUUCCACUCAAAGAAAGUGAGGAGGAAGCGUAUACUUGAAAAUUAAUUAAAGCAAGUAUUAAUAGAAGUGUAAGUGUGUGUAUUAAAUGUUCAUUAGCUAAUUAACUCAUUAAAAAGAAGACCAUACAAUUUUUUUUAAUCUAAGUUUUACUCAAAAGUAGUAGUUGGAAGUUGAAAGAGAGUGAAGUAAGCGAGAGAAAGGAAGGAAGUGGAUUGGAUUCAAGUUUAAUGAAAUCUUAAUUGAAAACAGUUCAAAGGAAUUGCGGUUUGAGAUGCAUGAAGAAGAAGACUCGUCGGUGGUGGAGAUUCAGAUAAUGCAUUUUGAAUUGAAGAAAAUGUGAUUGUGAUUUUAACAGACAUAAGAGAAGAGAAGAGGAGAUCGAGAGAGAAAUGGAGUCACGAAUGGAUCAGUAUGAAAUCAUGGAGCAGAUCGGUCGUGGUGCUUUUGGUGCUGCUAUUCUUGUUCAUCAUAAAUCGGAGAGGAAGAAGUAUGUGUUGAAGAAGAUCAGGCUUGCGAGACAAACUGAGAGAUGCCGGAGAUCUGCUCAUCAAGAAAUGGCGCUGAUUGCGCGAAUUCAGCAUCCGUACAUUGUGGAAUUUAAAGAAGCAUGGGUUGAGAAGGGUUGCUAUGUUUGUAUUGUUACCGGAUAUUGUGAAGGUGGAGACAUGGCUGAAUUGAUGAAAAAAUCAAAUGGGGUGUAUUUUCCUGAAGAGAAACUCUGCAAGUGGUUCACUCAACUACUGUUAGCGGUGGAAUAUCUGCAUGGCAAUUUUGUUCUACAUCGGGACCUGAAAUGUUCCAACAUCUUUCUUACCAAAGAACAGGAUGUUCGCCUUGGGGAUUUUGGACUUGCUAAGACUCUGAAAGCAGAUGACUUGGCUUCCUCAGUGGUUGGAACUCCUAAUUACAUGUGCCCUGAACUACUUGCAGAUAUUCCUUAUGGUUUCAAAUCAGAUAUUUGGUCCUUGGGGUGCUGUAUGUAUGAGAUGGCUGCUCGUCGUCCUGCCUUUAAAGCUUUUGACAUGGCAGGAUUGAUUAGCAAGAUAAAUCGUUCUUCUAUUGGCCCGUUGCCUUCCUGCUAUUCUCCGUCUUUGAAAACACUCAUUAAAGGCAUGCUGAGAAAGAAUCCUGAGCAUCGUCCAAAUGCAUCCGAGAUUUUGAAGCACCCAUACUUGCAGACAUAUGUCGAUCAGUACCGUCCAUCCUUCAGUCCUCCCACAUCCUGCUCUCCUGAGAAACCUAUUCCUAGAAGUCGUGAAUCUCGAAGAAGUAUGGAUGAAAGCCAGACCAGUAAUAGUUCUAGUAGUGAUAAGGAUAGUUUGCCUUCAAGUGAUCGGAAUAUCCCAGCAGUGGUCUCAAAUUGUGACACUAAAGCCACUGAUACAGAUUUAGCUUCUGUUGGUGAUGAAGAUGGGACCAAGGAGCCCAUGCCAAGCGAAGAAGAAAGAGGUCCCAAUGUUUGCAUUGUCAAAAUGAAUGAGCAGAGGGUGAUGAAACCUUCUCAUAAUGAACAUGGAUGCAAUGUCGAACCAAAGCAACCAAAAACUAUCAAAGGUAUUAUGAUGGCCUUAAAAGAAGGAAAACCUAGAGAAAAUAGUUCCUCGUCGAGAGGAAAUCAUACAAAGUCUGGAAGUGCACCAACACAAAGAAGUAACAUAGAAGCAUCACCAAAACCUCUUAUACCUAAUGCCCUUGCAUCUGGUUUAAAGUCUAAUGCAGAUACACCAACUGUUGCCCCAGCAAAAGCAGCCUUGGAUUCUGCAAAGCAGGUCCAGGGAUCACAUCCUUUGAAACACCAGUUACCUAUAAUUGAGUCCUCACCGAAGACUAAACUCAGACAUGAUGGGACUCCUCCACCUGGUCCAAUUAAACAUGUUGAUGAUGGACUUGCCAUGAAGCCAAGGCAAAGAACACCUAAUCUAUUUAGGCGAUCUUCAUUUCCUGGAAGGACAAGACAAACAGGAGCUGAUGUUCCAAAUGGAAACAUGAAGUUGAGUCCAACUGAGAAAAACCAAGAACCUGAAAAUACUUAUCAAGUUCCUGAUGGUCGCCCUUAUUUUUCCAAGGAGGUAUCGCAAGAGUCUCAAAAAGCUCUAUUCAGAGCCUGCAAAGGAAAGCAGGCAGAAAGCAGUAAUUCUGUCUCAUCUUCAAUGUCAAUUCAAUCUUUUGAGCUUUGUGAUGAUGCAACAACUCCAUUUGUUGCCAUGCCUGAACAGACACUUCCUAAUCAUGAGGCAGUCAUCUGCACGGAAAGCUUAGAAAAUCAUCCACCUGGUUGUUCUCCUGCUACCACUUUGCAUUCUGGCAUGUCUGAAAAUUUGUCUUGGGAAAACAGUGCAUGUGCUGGAUGUGCUCAUAAAUCCAUACUAUGCUCAGAGGAAACCUCGGAUGUUGUCACAGAUCUUCACAAGAAAACUGUUGGUGAUGGGAGAGAGGGUGUAAGCAGUGCUCUGAAUCUGAUAGUCUCAAGUUUUGAAGAGAGAUUUAUUUGUAAAGAUACUAAUACCCAAUUAAGCAGGCCAAGUACUGGCCCUGAUAUGGUGCCCCAAUCAAAUCUUAUAUCUGCAUCUGGUGGUGACGACAAGUUCACAGUAAGAGAACUUCUAUCACCAGUUUCAGAAACCACUCCUUCCAUUACCUCACCAAUGUCAACGAGCCAAAAGAAUUUGCAGUCAGAAAAAGCUGCCAUUUUACAAAAUUCAACUGUUGAAAAACCCACUGCUGCCCAUCUGUCUCCUGCUUUUGAUGAUGUAAUACAUGUUAUACGGCACAGUAGUUUCCGUGUUGGGACCGAGCAGCCAGCUAUGGAAACUGUGGAGAUGGGGAUUCAAAAUGUGGAUGUGGGAAAGCUAUUAAAUGUAGUAGGAGAUGAACUCGAAAUGAGAAAUGUGAGUACGCCGAUGGCUCUAAAAUCAUCAAAUUGCUCUGAAGCUGUGAGUUUGAAAUCAAGUCUUUCAGAUCAUUUCAGCAUUAAAGAAAUUGAUUUGAGAAACAUCAGCCCUCUGGUUCCACAAUUUGAUUUAUCGGAGCUACCAAAAUCCAACUCCCCUGUCACUGAAGAGGAAGCAGCAGCAAGGGAAACUUUGGAUGUUAAAUCUUUCAGGCAGAGGGCAGAGGCACUUGAAGGACUUCUAGAAUUGUCUGCUGAUUUGCUUCAGCAAAGCAGGUUAGAAGAGCUUGCGGUUGUUUUAAAACCUUUCGGGAAAGAUAAAGUCUCUCCAAGGGAGACAGCUAUCUGGUUAGCUAAGAGUCUGAAAGGAAUGAUGGCCGAGGACAGCGGACGGAGUUCAUGAAUCAUGAUAUCCGUGGAAUUCUGUUCCGUUUGGUGACGCAGCGGAGGCAAGAAGCAGCUUGGAAGAAUCUGAAGUCGACUUCAUGAAGUUUCCUCUCUUCGGACAGGGACGCUAAAUACUAUACUCCUAUAAUAUUACUAGGAAUUUUCCUUAAAAAGAAUCACGCGUCUUGGUACUUUUUUUUUUUUUUUUCCUAUAAACUUACCUAACAGUUGAAUAUUUCUCUCUAACCACAGCUUCUCUGUGACUCUUCCCAAACACAAAGCCAAGCCAGAAUAUCCUCAUGGAGCAUACUAAUAACUACAACAAUCGUACAACUUCCGAUCAGCCUGUUGGGUCAACGAAGAGACGUUCUUCCUUUGUUCCCCGGUUAACGUUGAUUGUGGUGAUGUUUUUCUUCAUACUAUGCUUGAUCAUCUUCAUUGCAUGGCUUGUCAUACACCCUCUUGAUCCUGCUAUUCGACUCAAUUCCCUAUCUGUCUCCAACAUCACAGUCUCUAACCCUCAAUUUGCUGCAAAUUACGACAUCGAAUUCACUGUGAAUAACACUAACAAGAAGGUCAACUUGUUCGUCGACCAAGUCGAAGUCAUCGUGAAUUAUAGAAAGGGCCUCCUUUCCAGUACUCAGAUUCUUGGAAAAGGUAAGUAUCUUGGAAAGAUGAGUGAGGCAAGGUUGAAGGUUGAGUUGGGAAGGGACGCGGUUUGUUCGUUGAAGGAUAGGGUUUUUAAGGAUAUAAGUGAUGAGUGGAGCACAAAGAUAGUAAAUUUCAAUGUCAAAUUGUCUAUCACUGCAGGAUUUGAAAUUGGUGUUCUGCCAACCAAGCAAAGAAUCAUGGAGUUUCAGUGCAUGAAUUUAACUGUUGAAUUCUUCUCUACAAAGGGGACAGGGAAGCUCAUGAGCGGAGGGAAGGAUUGCUUGGUUCAUGCCUGAUGUCUUCCUACCUAUUCCUUCCGAUCCAAUUAGUAGCGCCGCCUGUUCUUUACAUAAUAAUGUGAUUUUUCACUUUAUUAUUGAGCUGAUUUAUCUUUGAAUAUAAGUUAAAUUUUAAUUUAUUUUUAUGAUAAGGUUUUUAGAUUAAACCA